AUGAGUGCGGAAAAUGACCCUUUGAUGAGUGCUUUCCAAGAUGAAGGUAAUGAUGCUAAGGAUAACGAGAACAAUGAAGAGAGAAACGGUGAUAAUGCUGGAGAGUUUGCUGAACAGCAUGUAGAAGAAGGUAAAGCAGAAGGUGAGGAAGAAGAGGAUGCCGAAGAAGAAGAUAUUGAAGUCGAAGUAGUUGAUCCCGUUGUGGAGGCACGUAAUAAAGCACUUGAUGAUUUUAAAAGAAAAUUGUUAGAGCAUAGGCGAUAUGAUGAUCAACUAAAACAAAGACGUCAAAAUAUUAAAGAUUUGGAGAAGACUUUCGAUAAAACUGAAGAUGAUAUUAAAGCCUUGCAAAGUAUUGGUCAAUUGAUUGGUGAAGUGAUGAAAGAUUUAUCAGAUGAGAAAUAUAUUGUUAAGGCCUCAUCAGGUCCUCGUUACAUAGUAGGUGUGAGAAAUUCAAUUGAUCGUUCGAAACUUAAAAAGGGUGUCAGAGUUACUCUAGAUAUAACGACAUUAACUAUCAUGAGAAUCUUACCUCGUGAAACAGAUCCAUUGGUUUAUAAUAUGACCAGUUUUGAACAAGGUGAAAUAUCUUUUGAUGGUAUUGGUGGUCUAACAGAACAAAUCAGAGAAUUAAGAGAAGUCAUAGAAUUACCACUGAAAAAUCCUGAAAUUUUCCAAAGAGUAGGCAUUAAACCACCAAAAGGUGUGUUAUUAUAUGGUCCACCAGGCACUGGUAAAACUUUAUUGGCAAAAGCAGUUGCAGCUACAAUCGGUGCUAAUUUCAUUUUUUCUCCAGCUUCAGGGAUUGUCGAUAAAUAUAUCGGUGAGUCCGCCCGUAUUAUUAGAGAAAUGUUUGCAUAUGCAAAAGAUCAUGAACCUUGUAUCAUCUUUAUGGAUGAAGUAGACGCCAUCGGUGGUCGUAGAUUCAGCGAAGGUACAUCAGCUGAUCGUGAAAUUCAACGUACUUUAAUGGAAUUAUUAACACAAAUGGAUGGUUUCGAAAACUUAGGUCAAACUAAAAUCAUUAUGGCCACUAACAGACCAGAUACAUUAGAUCCAGCUUUAUUAAGACCUGGUAGACUAGAUAGAAAGAUAGAAAUUCCUCUACCAAAUGAAGCAGGUAGAUUGGAAAUUUUCAAAAUUCAUACUGAAAAGGUUAAGAAGAUUGGUGAGUUCGAUUUUGAAGCUGCUGUCAAGAUGAGUGAUGGUUUCAAUGGUGCGGAUAUCCGUAACUGUGUAACUGAAGCUGGUUUCUUUGCUAUCAGAGAAGACCGUAAUCAUAUAAUUCCAGAAGAUUUAAUGAAGGCUGUUAGAAAGGUAGCAGAAGUUAAGAAACUAGAAGGCUCACUGGAAUAUAAAAAAUUGUAA